AUGUUCUUAAAUACAGCUUCUCCCCGGAGGUCCUUCACCGUCCCCAUUAACAUCAACCUGCAGGGUGCUCGCAGGCGGCAGACACGACACAGAGAGCUCCUCCAUACAGCAACAGCGCCGGAGCAGGACUGGAGUCGGGGGGUGGAUGGGCGUGGAGGGCAGCGAGCUCGGACCCAGAUGCCGGUGUCGAGUGUUGGGGAGGACCGAGCCGUCCUGCUGGGCUUCACCAUGAUGGCCUUCUCUGUGCUCAUGUUCUUCGUGGUCGGCAUCACUACAGUCAAACCUUAUGUUAACAGUAACUGGGCGGAGGAGGCCAGCUGUGUGCUGCUGCAGGCCGACAUCCUGGAGGAGUGGGUGGACUGCAGAGGUGUGAGCACCGUGCCUUGCCUCAGGGUGGCGGUUAACCUCACAGACUCCAAUCAGAGGGCUUUACUCCACUUUGACGAGGAGUCGGUCCUCCUCGCUCCAGAGUGUUUCUACAUACCCAAAUGUCAGAUGGACCGAACAGAACUGCAGGAGGAAGUCCUGAAAGUGAAAAACAGCUUGGACACACAGCUGGGGAGCUCCUCGCCGUGCUUCACUGACUGCACACGGCACCCCGGGGACGUCAUCUUGAACAGGAAGUACACCUUUAAGAAGGCUCUGUUUGCGCUGCUGUGGCCCUGCCUGAUGCUGGGUGGCGGAGCUCUGCUGGUGGGUCUUGUGAAGCUGACACAGUGCUUAGCCUGUCUCUGCUCUGAGAUGUGCAGUGAGACUGCAGUGGGCAGGCUGGCCUCAAGAUACACUCAUGGGAAACUGUACAGAAUCCUCCGGAGGACCAGCAUGCCGUCUCCGACAUGA